AUGACUUGCCGUCCAUUGGUAAACGUUUAUAAUCUGACUGGUGAAUGCACCAAGACCACCGUCAAGAUGCCUGCUGUUUUUAAGGCUCCUCUUCGUAGUGACGUCUUAAACUUUGUUCACGACAGCUUGCGCAAGAAUUCUCGUCAGCCAUAUGCUGUAAGUGGUAAAGCCGGCGUCCAAGCUUCUGCUGCAUCUUGGGGUACAGGUCGUGCCGUUGCUCGUAUCCCACGUGUUCGUGGUGGUGGUACUCAUCGUUCAGGCCAGGGUGCUUAUGGAAAUAUGUGCCGUGGUGGUCAUAUGUAUGCACCCACCAAAACGUACAGACGUUGGUAUCGUCGAGUAAAUGUACAGCAAAGACGAUUUGCUAUGUGUACCGCAAUAGCUGCAACUGGCGUCCCCGCCUUGGUCAUGGCUCGUGGUCAUCGCGUUGAUAGGGUCCCGGAGCUUCCAUUGGUUCUCACAGAUAAUGUUGAGAAAAUCUCCAAAACCAAGGAUGCUGUCAGGGUCCUAAAAAAACUGAAGGCUUGGUCAGACAUCCAAAAAGUCUACCAAUCAAAACGCAAUCGUGCUGGUCGAGGUAAAAUGAGGAACCGACGUCAUAUCAUGAAGCGUGGUCCCAUCGUUAUCUACAAAAAGGAUGAUGGUAUUACUCGGGCUUUCCGCAAUAUCCCUGGAAUCACUCUAUUAAACGUCAAGUACUUAAAUAUUUUGAAGCUUGCCCCUGGUGGUCAUAUGGGACGAUUCGCAAUUUGGACUGAGGGUGCUUUCAGGUAUCUUGACAAGCUCUAUGGAACAUGGAAGGAAGGUAGUCACAUGAAGACUGAUUUCCAUCUUCCCUCAUCCAAAAUGACAAAUACCGACCUGAAUCGUCUGCUUACCUGUCAGGCAAUUCGAAAAGUUCUUCGUCCAAGAAGGAUGGGUCGGCAACGCAGACGGUCACACGUUAAAAAGAAUCCUCUAAAGAAUAUGGCGGCCCUAGUUAAGCUGAAUCCCAAUGCUGUCAAUGAACGUAAAUGCCGGGUUGGUCUUCAGAAAGCUGCUCUAAAGCGCAAGGCAGCCAAAGCAAAUCCAGUUCCGACGAAACCUGACACUGAAGCCACUAAUGAAGUUCAAGCAUAA